AUGGCAGUCUUUCCAAACUCCUGUCUCCCCGGGUGUCUGCUCGUCUUCAUUCUCCUCCAGGUGCCCGAGCUGGAUUCCGCUCCCUUUGACGUGAUUGGACCCCCAGAGCCCAUCCUGGCGGUGGUGGGUGAAGACGCCGAGUUGCCCUGUCACCUCUCCCCCAACGUGAGCGCCGAGCGCAUGGAGUUGCGGUGGUUCCGAGAGAAGGUCUCUCCCGCGGUGUUCGUGCGCCGGGAAGGGCGAGAGCAGCCCGGAGAGCAGAUGGCCGAGUACCGGGGGAGAGUGACGCUGGUGGAGGACCGCAUCGCGGAGGGGCGCGUCGCUGUGAGGAUACAGGACGUCAAGGCCUCUGAUGAUGGGGAGUACCUAUGCUUUUUCAGGCAGGACGAAAACUACGAAGAGGCCACCGUGCAUCUGAAGGUGGCUGCUCUGGGCUCUGAUCCUCACAUCCACAUGGAAGUUCAAGAGAGUGGAGAGAUCUGGCUGGAGUGUACCUCAGUGGGAUGGUACCCAGAGCCCCGGGUACAGUGGCGAACUCCCAAGGGAGAGGAGUUUCCAUCCGUGUCAGAGUCCAGGAACCCUGAUGAAGAAGGUCUGUUCACCGUGGCAGCUUCAGUGAUCGUCAGGGACACCUCCAUGAAGAAUGUGUCCUGCUGUAUCCGGAACCUCCUUCUCGGCCAAGAGAAGGAAGUAGAGAUUUCUAUACCAGCUUCCUUCUUCCCAAGGUUGACUCCCUGGAUGGUGGCUGUGGCUGUGGUCUUGAUGGUCCUAGGACUUCUCACAAUUGGGUCCAUAUUUUUCACUUGGAGACUAUACAAGGAAAGAUCCAGACAGAAGAGGCAUGAAUUCAGCUCUAAAGAGAAACUCCUGGAAGAGCUCAAAUGGAAAAAGGCUACACUGCAUGCAGUUGACGUGACUCUGGAUCCAGAUACCGCCCACCCCCACCUCUUUCUGUAUGAGGAUUCAAAAUCUGUCCGACUGGAAGAUUCACGUCAGAAACUGCCUGAGAAACCAGAGAGAUUUGACUCCUGGCCUUGUGUGUUGGGUCGUGAGGCCUUCACCUCAGGGAGACAUUACUGGGAGGUGGAGGUGGGAGACAGGACUGACUGGGCAAUCGGGGUGUGUAGGGAGAACGUGAUGAAGAAAGGAUUUGACCCCAUGACUCCCGAGAAUGGGUUCUGGGCUGUGGAGUUGUAUGGAAACGGGUACUGGGCUCUCACCCCCCUGCGGACCCCUCUCCCGUUGGCGGGACCCCCCAGCCGAGUUGGGAUCUUCCUAGACUGUGAGUCAGGAGACGUCUGCUUCUACAACAUGACUGAUGGAUCCCAUAUCUAUACUUUCUCUAAUGCCUCUUUCUCAGGACCCCUCCGGCCCUUCUUCUGCCUGUGGUCCUGUGGUAAAAAGCCCCUGACCAUCUGCCCCAUCACUGAUGGGCUUGAGGGAGUCACAGUAGUUGCUGGUCCCAAGGACCUUUCUAAGGACAUCCCACUCUCCCCCAUAGGGCAGGACUCUGCCUCUGGGGACACAGACACCCUCCAUUCUAAACUGAUCCCUCCCCAGCCCAGCCAACGGGUACCUUAA